AAUUGGUACAUUCUUACAAGUGCGCAUGCGUUCAAUGUACCCAUACGACACACGAACUGAACAGUUCUUCGAAUGAUAUUCUAACUAAUAUUUAUUGAAAACGUUUAUUUUUAAAUCCGUGUGUGUAGUGUGAAGCAUCAUUAUGUCUUUCUGUAAGGAUGACAAGGUCAAAGAUUUCAAGGAACACUUCUGCAAGGAGGCAGAGACGAUCGUCACCGAUGACUUUCCCAAGAAAAUUAUUCAACUGGACGAACUACUAAAGUCGGACAUGUUCCAGUGUGACGACCUGACACAGAUGCACAUGGACCUGAACGUGCCCAUACCUGACCCCGUCCUCGUUAACUCUCAUCAGUCUGAUGCCAAGAGAAGGAAGCUAGACCACAGUUUGGAUGAUAUCCAAGGUGAGCUCACUAUCCAAGGUACUAAAGUCUACCUGAAUCCUGCCGGCAAAGUCACCUGUAACACCAAACUGACAAAAAUCAUCGAAGUCAUGAAACCAGAAAUCAGGACGCUAGUGGAAAAAUGCAACAUGUUGAAGAUGUGGGUUCAGCUUCUGAUCCCGCGGAUCGAAGACGGGAACAACUUUGGUGUCUCCAUCCAGGAGGACACGCUGGGCGAGCUGCGGCAGUAUGAGAGCGAGGCGGCGGCUUACCUCGACCAGAUCUCAAGGUACUUUAUCACAAGAGGGAAGCUGGUGUCUAAAGUAGCCAAGUACCCCCACGUGGAGGACUACCGACGAGCGGUGGAGGAGAUGGAUGAAAAGGAGUUCAUCAGCUUACGGUUGGUCUGCUGUGAGCUGCGCAACAGCUAUGCUGCCCUUCAUGACCUCAUAGUGAAGAACAUUGAAAAGAUCAAGAUGCCAAGAACCAACAACACAGAGUCUCUCUAUUAGACACUACAACACGAUUUAAACAGAGGCUGCUGAAGACACAGACCUUUUCCACAGGUCCCAAGGCAUGAUGGGAGGUGCAAGGCACUAUGAGUAGUACAAUGUCCAAACAACACCAUUAUUUUGAUGAGUUAAGCUCCCCCAAACCCUUUUGGCGGGUUUAAAAAA